AUGCCCUCUGGUUGUUGCAGUUGGCCGCUGGCGCCGACGUUUGUGGGGCGGCGACGACCGCUCGGCCUGCGGCACGUACCCCACCGGGAGGCGCUGGAUCCCGGUUGCAGGCGGCCGCUGGGGGCGGGAGGGGGGCGGCGCGGGAGCGUGCCGCGUCGGGGUGUGCUAGGAUCGAGCGUCGUCGCGUCCGUCGCGGGGGACGAGGGCGUCUUCUUCUCGGCUGCGUACGGCGGCGCGCUGCUGGCGGCCGUGACUCACUCCGGGCUGUCGCUGAUCGCGAACGCGCUCGACGCGCGCGCGCGAGGGCCGGAGACGUGCGAGCCAGCGGACUGGAGCGAGGACGACGAGGUGUGCCUCAGUGGCGAGGACGGCGACGGAGAAGGGGUGCUGUGGUCCGUCGCGAGCGUCCUGGCAUGCGUCCCCGAAGUGAACUUCAUGUCCUGGAUAUUUCUGGCGCUCCAGACCGAGCACCGGCUGCUGUACGGGACGUUCGCUGCGCUGUACGCUCUGCCGCUUGUGCACUCCGGGCCGAUGCUGGACGGCCUCGACAUCGUGACCCUCGUCGUCGGUGCGCUGCACAUGCAACUGGAGCGCGUCAGCCGCACCGAGCCGGAGCUGGUGCCGCUCCCGGAGGGCACGGCGGCGGAGGCUCUCGCGGGGCUGCGCGUGUCGUCAAAGGAGGCGAUGUUCGCGCUGCGGGAACGCACAGCGACCACCGCGGCGGAGCUGGCAGCCGAGCGGGAGCGCGUGGCCUCGGAGGGCGAGCUCCGGAUGCAGCGGGAGCGGAACCGUGCGGAGCUGAGUGCGUUUGACCAACAGCUGGAGGCGCGCCGGGGGUCCCGCGCGGAGCGGGACGACUGA